AUGGAAUCGCGUUGUUUUGGUCGAAAUACAAGAAGAUUGCAUCAGCAAGUUAAAAGUCAGAAGUUAAUGGACAUAGCUAUGCUUCCAUGUUACAAGCAAACUUUAGAAGAAGGAAGAAAAAUCCUUGAAGAUUGCUUCUUGAAUAUGAAAAAGCAACUUAUGUACGUGUACAAUGCUAUGAAAAAACCACAAAAUGGAAUACAAAUUGCAUUUACAGAAAGCUCUGACAAAAAAGAAAUUGAUUUUUCCAUUAAGAACGAUAGGCCGACAGAUAUUAAAAUAUACAGCCUAUAUCCAUCCCUUUACGGAUUUUUCGCUAUUGGGAAUAGCUGCAACAAGUUUUUGGAACAUUUAGCAGAAGCACUCACAAAAGAAGCUGACCAAAAAGACGAAGCCAAGAUUCUUAUCAGAUCAACAAUGGUAACACCCCUCUUCCUAGAUUUCAUCGACAAUAUCUUCAGUCCUUUUAUUUCGAUCCAAAAUUCAAAGAAUAAAGUCAAACUUGAAGAAUUCGAGGGCUUAUGCAUUAAAUACAAGGAUGAUAUCCCAUAUAUUACAUACAAAAUCUUGUUUGGCCAAGAUUUCCAAGUGUUAAAUGAAAAAAGGAAUUCUAUUAAGACGUACUUCAUUGAAUUCCUCAAAGUACUACUUACUACAUAUUUCAAAGCUCCCUCGGAACUAACUGACUUUCUCGAUAAAAAUCAAACAGAAUUCUUUGAUUUUCUUAAAAAUAGCGAGCCAAAUUACGAACCCAAGACUCUUUUCUUAAACGAACAAGAAGAGCACGCUUUCAAUAACCAAGAUCAAAAUACAAUUGACAACAUUUUCAUUUUAGCUGAUUUCGAGCUCAAUGGCUCCAAAUCACCCCAACAAAUCAAAGAUGUUACAUUCUAUCGCUGCAAGUUCAAAACAGCAGAUCCUCCCGGUGCAACAUCUAAAGCAUCGAAAGCUCGUCAGCUUUUCCUGGAUUCCGACGUAUUACCUGUAGUCCGCGAUGGAGUCGAAGUCGAUUUCCAGUCAUAUUACGUCAGAAAUCGCGGUCUUCUUUCGAAAUUGGGAGAUAGAGAAACAUAUUUCAAGGAAAUCAGAGACACAGAAGGUUGCAGGUUGUCAUAUAUCACUUACAGCAAGAUCUGCAACAUUCCAAUCAAGCAACUGAUUGAAAUAAGGAAGAAAAUUGAUAAAUCUUUGGAAAGAAAGGAGAAAAACCUUUGCAAUGUCAAUAUCAAUUACUCCAAUCAUCCGACAUAUGGUUACUACAACGAUUUACUCCUUUGUUCCAUCCAAAACACGGAUUUCAACAAAAUCAUUCCGGAAGCAUUCAAAUUUUCACCGAAAAACAGCGAUUUCAAUGCUUUCGAAUACGAUCUGAAGAAACAAGCUACAGAUGAGAAAGAUAUUAUCCACAAAUACUACUCUUACAAGGUAUUGUACAAAGCAUUGAUUUGCGAACAAGAUCCAAAGAAGAUUUACAGGUAUCUAUUAAUUCUCAAGAAUUUCCAGGAUAUGGAAAAAGAAGAAGACAUUAGAUAUAACUCUCCUGGAAUUUUGUACAUGGCUUUGAAGGAUGUAUACAUAAAGAAAGAUCAGCCUCCUCAAUUCAUCGCAAAUUUGGUUCAUGCUGCAGAAUUCGCGAAAAGUUGCAACCAAAUAAAGCACUACAACGAGGCAAUGAUGUACACAUUCCUGUUUGGAAUAAACUUCACAAUUCCAAGCUUCCCUGACUUUAUUAAAUCAAUAACUAAUGGUUCUCUCAAUGAAAAAUGA